AUGUCCGUUAGGCAUGAUUCUCCUUGUUCGUCUUUCUUGCCACGUCACUAUGUCAAGGCAGAAAUCGAAACCAUCCAGAGCAUCCAACGGGCCCGGGCUUGUUUCAAUCUGUACUCAAGUUUCCUUCCGCCCUUGAUUCUUGCCACCCAAGCAUGCAAACGCGAACUCUCCUUCUAUACGACUGAGCAACUGGGGAGGAUCACGAAGAGAUCCGCGAAGGGCAACAAAUCACGGUCAACUCGACUUGAAAGCUCUUCGAACUUCGAAGUCGUCGACAAACUCAAGGAACCUUUGAAGAAGAAUAUCCGAGUCGAGCCAGCACUCAGCUUCCUCCCAGAAAAGCGUCGUCGAUCAAGCGGUGGAGCUCAGGCAGUCAGUGCCGUCGCCAACGAGGACAAUGAUUCCGAUUUCGAUUUGGUUGACGAUGAGAAUGACGACGAUUAG